AUGAAUACUUCGCCAGAGGAACCCAAGCCGGCGAGAACUGCGGCCAUGGAAUCCACUCCCUCCUCUUCCAGCCAUGCCGCUGUCGACGCGCAGGCGUCCGGCAAACGUAAACGCUCGCCGGUGGAACCUACAACUACGCGAUCCGCUCCCUCCUCUUCCAACCAAGCCGCUGUCGAUACGCAGGCAUCCCGUAAACGUAAACCCUUACCGGUGGAACCUACAACUGCGCGAUCCGCUCCCUCCUCUUCCAACCAAGCCGCUGUCGACGCGCAGGCGUCCAUCGAACGUCAACCCAUACCGGUGGAACCUACAACUACGGUAUCCGCUUCCCCCUCUUCCACUCAAGCCGGCGUCGACGUGCAGACGCCCGCUGGAUGCAAGUACGCUGUCAACGGCCAUUGCGCCAUCCGAAGUCUUACCUAUUACCUCGGAGUUCUGAGUAGCGAGGAGGUUCAUACAGAAGACCGGAUGUAUCACGCAAACAUUUUCUGUGACGCAGUCACCACAGGGCCUCGUUUCGUCUGCACUUUCCAGGUCUGCUGCGGCAACAUAUCACUGUUGUCGUUCGCCGUGGAGCGGCGCUUCCCCAUGGAGGUUCUGGAGUUCCUCCUGACCAACACGAGGUUUCGACAGGAGGACGGGUGCCGAAUCAUCGACUUCGUCGAGCACAUCGGGAGCCUCAUUGUCUGCUUGAUGUAUGGCUAUAGCGGCCGCUGUUUCAAUAACAGUCUGCUCGACGAUGCUAAGCGGUCCCUCCGUCUGCUCCUCCGCGCCGGCACACAGAACGCGUUCGCAAGACGGAUUUGGCACAACAACGGCCAGUACCGCACUUGGAUCCUGAGCGUUCUCCAUGCGGCCUCCGUUUACGUUUCUCCCAUUCCCUCUGAGCCGGGCCAGCCGUACAUCACUCGCGUCGUCCCCAUUCUUGCUCUACUCCACUUGGUAGAGUGCUUCAUGGAGAUGUUCCCCGAUGAGGACGCAUCUUUCUGGAGCGUAGUCCUCCAGGAACUGUGGAUGCACAGCCGCAUCACGAGGGGAACGUUGAGGCGGGUCGCCGACAUGACACUUCGGCUUUUAGAUCUCGGGGCCUCGACGACUUUCGCACUCCCAGAUAGAGCCAAGGGCGGCAGCUUCCUCGCCUGUCUCGAGAACGGCCUGGAAGCUGUCGAGGAUGUCAACCCCUACGUUGACGACAUUGAAGCCACAAUUGGAGGCACCAAGAUCAUGGAAUUUGGUGGUCCUGGACAGGCCAUCGACAUCAUUAGGAACAGGAUGUAUGGGAAACGAAUUGAGAGCAUUGAGCGCCUCAAAAAGAAAAUCCUCGGGGACGGCAGUCUGAGCCCCCCCUCCGUGGAUUGA